AUGGCAGCCACAUUGUGCAAUGGGCAAGAAGAGACCCACGUCCGUUGGCGCUCAUUAAUGCUGUCGCGCACUGCCACCCAUAACAGCGGAGUCAGGGCCGUCUGCACCCCUGAAAAGAUGCACGUGGUGGAGGAGUACAGUGUCAUAAUAACGUUGAACUAUGAGUGUGCCAUCUUCAAAGAUUUUGAGGCUAGUACGCCUACGCAACAUCAUGCCUUCCCGCACCAUCACAGCUGGACCACCAAAACGAUCACAAUCGUCAGUGUUUCUGAGUGCAUUACGUGUUUCCGCUUCUCACCAUAUGAGAGUGCGUCCAGAAUCACUACUGAAACCGAAUCUGGUCUCAUCCGAGAAGAGCCCGCGACCCCACUCCUCGUUGAUCUGGUCCCUAUACUCUUGGAACCAUCGCAAACGGUGCCGCCGAUGUACGAGUAUCAACGGAGCACAACGUUCUGGUCGUCGUUUAAAGAGACCACCUAUAUGGACUUGUCGUGCCAUUGUGGAGAGUGA